AUGAAGUUGCUAAAUGCCUUAAAAAUAAGAAAACAGAAAAUAGUUGAAAGUGAAGGACCUGACUCUUAUACGAAAAUAUUGGGUAACUCCUAUGAUAUGGAUAAAAUAUAUAAGAAACUUGUUCCUUAUGAAAAUGUGUUAAACUUAAGCUAGAGUUCUGAAUCAGAUCAUGAAAUGUGA